UAAUUGAGCGCACACGUGCAACUGUUUACAUUUCCAUUCCACCGGUGCAGUACGUUCAGCAGCUAAAAAACUAAUUUUCAGGAUUAAACUCGACCCCUUAAGCUACUUAAAUCAUGGGUGACCGCCAGAUGAAGAUCUAUUUCUGUGGAAGUAUCCGAGGAGGCAGAAAGGAUGGUGAGCUGUAUGCUAGGAUCAUCAAGCAACUUGAAGCAUACGGGAAGGUCCUCACUGAGCAUGUAGGCCACAAAGAUUGUUUCACUUUUCCAACAGGAGCUAAAACUGAUCUGGAGAUCUAUGAUCAAGAUAUGGCAUGGCUAGAAGAUUCUGAUGCUGUCGUUGCCGAGGUAACACAAGUAUCCAUGGGCGUUGGCUUUGAGCUAGGAAGGGCGGUGGCAUGGAACAAGAGGGUGCUAUGCCUGUACAGACCAGGAGACGACUCACGUUUGUCAGCGAUGGUUCGUGGUGCUCAUGAUGGCAAGAACUUUUUGGUGAAAGAUUAUAAGGAAGAAGAUGUUCCAGAAUUACUCAAGGAAUUCUUUGGUCAUUGAUUGUAAGCUGGACCAAAUUGAGUGGAAUAUCAUGACAGGAAUAAGAAUGCACGGGACCAGAGAUAUAUUGGAAUUAAUGUGGAAACCAAUCAAUUUUCUGCACAGUUAAUUGUCUUCAGCAACAUUCUUACUCCUGUGUUUAUAUAUAAUCUUGUGAUUUAUAGGAGCUUACAUUCGAUUACAUGAUUGCCCUUACCACAUUAGCUCAGGAGAGAAAAUAAAAAAUGAACCUUCCAGCAAUCUCUGACACGAUAUUAUAUGACCGUUAUGACUCUAAAUAGACCAAAAUACACAGAGUGACAUUACCCUGCAUGACUAAGAUUCAUUCAGUUUAGAAAUCUUGGCCAGGAGGGAUUAGACCUCCCUGCCUUGUCACUGACAGGUAGUUAUCUCAUCAAAUCAGCUCUCAAUUAACAUAACAAAGAGGGGACCAUGGGGGGCCAACGUGUACAGCUUAGGCAUUGUUUACUAUAUAGAAGGCACAAGUAGCUACAAGUAGUGUAGUCCCGCUUUAAAGUAUAUUUAGGAAUGAUAUCAAUUUCAUUUUGGAUGAUCUUCCUUUGUAUGGCAGCUUGGUGCUCAAAUCACCUGAUAUUUGGGCAGCAAGAUGCCUGAAUAUAUUUCAUCUUGAAGCAACGUACAAAACAUAUUUACAGGGUAUAUCUUUGUAUAAGUAUAUUUCAAUGGGAGUCCAGCACCUUAAGUUGGUGGCCACACAUGACGACACAUCUCCAGUUUAAACACCUUUACGGCGUCUUUUGAAGGAAUGCUACAAAGUACCAAGAAGAGGAAAUAACAUUCAAAAUAUAAUAAAGUAUCUUAUUCUCCUCUCUUCGCUCACUCACUAAUGAAUGAAUAAAAGAUUUAAUGAAUGAAUGAAUAAUAAUGAAUUUUAUUACCAUUUCCGAAACAACAUACAAAACAUAUUUACAGGGUAUCUGUAAAGUAUAUGGCAAUGGGAGUCAACGAAAUAGCCGAAAUUACUAUAAAUUGAAAAUGUGUUUUUCUGAUACUUCAUAAUUAAAGUCUUUUGUUCAGUCGUAUAUCCCAUUACAAAUUGAUGAGGAAACUAGUACAUCUGUCUCGGAAAUGGGGAUACAAUGUACUGGUAAGAAGUGCAUGUGUACACACACAAAGAAACCCCCAAAAGAUUUUUUAAAUAUUUUUUUUAAGGACAAUAUAUUUGUUUGCAAGGUGUCUGUUGGCAGAAUAAUCCCAUAUUCAGGGAACGAGGUGACUGCAUUUCCACCUAUUCUGCAGCCAGGUCCUCUUAUAUUGUCUUCUUCAGGCACAAAGGUGCCCAAAGAUAUCUUCUCUAGUGUAUUUUUUAAAAUUUGUUAAUCCUAAUGAUAUGCUUCAUUGAAAUAUGCUGUUUUAAAAUCAUGUGUACUGCCUGACUCGGCAAAAUAUUUAGCUUUAGGAUGAUGAAGACUUGUGCCACAAAAAGCUGAUUGUUACAAAUGAUGAACACCUUCAUUUGAAAUGCUAGUAACCUAGUUACCAUUCCUGUGUGAAAGAUUUCUGCCAUUUUUGACAAUCAUUUCUUGACUAAUGGAGGUGUGUGAUUUUUUUAAAUAAAAAAAUAAUUCCAUAUAUUAAAAUG